AUGGGGCGACUCGCGCAAUGGGUUUCGGUGGCGCUGGCCAUUGGAACCGCCGCCGCGGAUGGCGAGUCGAUUCUGACAGCAGAGAUUGGACGCCAGAACAAUCAGAGCCUCUUUUGGGGACCCUACAAGCCGAAUGUGUACUUUGGCGUGCGACCUAGAACACCAGAGGGUCUGUGGACAGGCUUGAUGUGGUCCAAGGUCGAUGACUACGGCGAGGUGCAACAGGGCUUCCGAUACACCUGCGAGCAAGGCGAGCAUGCCCACGGCUACGGCUGGGACGAAUUCGACGCCCGACACGGCGGUAUCCAAACAAUUCACGACAAAGGUAACUCGAUCGACAUCACGACGUCGUUUGUCAAGGUUACCGGCGGCGAACACGGCGGCAGCUGGGCUGCGCGCAUCAAGGGUGUACCUCGCGAUGGCGCGCCCAAGGACAUCAACACUAUGCUGUACUAUUACAUUGCCCAAGACGGCGAUGGCGAGCUCGCUGUCGAGACAGCACCUACCGAGUUUGGAUACCCCGGCGAUGUUGCCCUCAAGGGCAACUCCAAGUCGCUGGGCGACUACACCCUGGUUGUUACCGAGGGCAAGGGCAAGCAUCCCACUACGGAUCAUGAUCUCGCCAAGAGACGCAAGACGGACACGACUCUGGUACACAGUCUGCAGCUCCCCGAGAGCGAGCUCUGGCAGACCAAGGCGGCCGUGUUCAAGUUGCUCCAGGCUGCUGCGAUGGAGAUUCAACACGAUUACGAGGAGGACAACGCGCCUUUCCCGUGGCAGGUCUACCGCAUUGCCAACAACCCCGGCGCUGGCAAUGCGCACGUUGUGCAAAAGAACUUCCAGGGCGAGUUUGAAUUCGAUGUCAUCUUCUCGUCUGCGUCGGGAGGCAAGCAAUUGACUUCGUCGGACGUUACGCGAGAAAUCAAGCAGACCUCGGAGCUUUUUGGCCAGCGGUUUUCCAAGAUCUUCGAUUUCAAGGCUCCCUUUGAGGGCAGCAAGUACUUGAAGUUUGGUAAGAGCAUGUUCGCCAACCUUCUUGGUGGUGUCGGAUAUUUCCACGGAGAGCAGAUUAUCGAUCGCUCGUAUGCGGAAGAAUACGAAGAGGACGACGAACGCUUCUGGGAGGGUGCUGCUGAGGCCAGAGCCCGCCAGAAGGCUGCUCUCGAGGGCCCUUAUGAGCUCUUCACCAGCGUUCCUUCGCGCCCGUUCUUCCCUCGCGGAUUCCUCUGGGACGAAGGCUUUCAUCUGAUGCCCAUUUCGGACUGGGACAUGGAUCUGGCCUUGGAUGUAGUCAAGAGCUGGUACAACACCAUGGACGACGAUGGCUGGAUUCCUCGCGAGCAGAUUUUGGGUCACGAAGCCCGCAGCAAAGUGCCUGCGGAGUUUCAGAUCCAGUACCCUCACUACGCCAACCCGCCCACUCUGUUCCUCGUCAUUGAGGACUUUAUGGAGCAGCUUCGCAAAGCCAACGGUUCUGGCAAGGCUACGAAAGAGACUCUCGGCCAGGAAGACGAUCUCCACGACGCACACCUCAAGAAUACCGAGCUCGGCGAGUCUUAUUUGCGCAACAUUUACCCUCUGCUGCAGCGUCAGUAUCAGUGGUUCCGCCGCACCCAGCGUGGUGACAUCAAGACCUAUGAUCGCGAGGCGUUUUCCUCCCGCGAGGCGUACCGCUGGCGCGGCCGCACCGAAACGCACUGCUUAACGAGUGGUCUCGAUGACUACCCUCGACCUAGCCCCCCCUCGCCUGGUGAGUUGCAUGUCGACUUGCUGGCCUGGGUCGGCCUAAUGACCAAAUCGCUCGUCAACAUUGCUGAUGCCCUUGGCAUUGCCGAGGAUGUCGCCGACAUGGAGAAGAACCUCGAGGCUAUCGAGCACAAUUUGAAUGAUUUGCACUGGUCCGAAAAGGAAGGUUGCUUCUGUGACGCUUCCCUUGAUGACUUUGAGGAGCAUACUCUUGUCUGCCACAAGGGCUACAUUUCCAUCAUGCCCUUCCUCGUUGGUCUGAUGAAGCCCAAGGACCCCAAGCUAGGCAGGAUUCUGGAUCUGCUUGGCGAUGAGGAGCAUCUCUUCAGCCCUUACGGCAUUCGCAGUCUGAGCAAGCAGUCCGAGUUUUACGGAACAGAGGAGAACUACUGGCGCAGCCCUAUAUGGAUGCCCAUGAACUACCUCGCUGUCAAGCAACUUCAUUACUUUGCCACGCAGAGCGGCCCGCACAGCCAAAAGGCGCGAGACCUGUACAUUCGCCUACGCAAGAACCUGGUCAAUACCGUGUACAACAGCUGGAAGGAAACGGGUUUUGCAUGGGAGCAGUAUAACCCGGAGACGGGUGCCGGACAGCGCACGCAGCACUUUACCGGCUGGACGAGUCUGGUGGUCAAGAUAAUGGCCAUGGAGGACCUAGAGGGCAAGAAGUCUCGGGAUGAGCUGUAA